AACUUAACGAAUUUUCACUGCGAAGCAGGUGAUAAUCUACUGUUAUGUACAGUAUCGGAAAUUUCCGACAAGAAGACGAAGCGAACGCGGAAUCAGUUUAGUUUCUCGCUAAGAAGACUGCUUCACAAUUAGAUCCCUUAAAAGUGUUGAGAAGAGAGAGAGCCAAACGACUCACGAAACGUGUCGUUGCAGAGAAGGCAAAACAGCUGUGUCAAUCUCGUCGGUUUCUGUAUUUUAGCGUUUUGUGUUUUUCAAAGAGGGAGGAAGAAAUAAAAAUCCAGCGGUUUUUGUUAUGGCGGGAAUUCAAACGCUCAAGCAAUGAGCAACAUUUUUUGAUUGGAAAGAGAACAAGUGAAUCUGAAAUUUGAAUCCUGUGAAUAAUUGAAGAAGCAAUAAAGAAGAGCGAGUGAGAGAGGGAGGUGGAGAAGCAUGGGGCUAUCGGACAAUUCGAUAGGCUUGAUUUUAGCCGUCGCGUCAAGCGCUUUUAUCGGCUCGAGUUUCAUUUUGAAGAAGAAAGGAUUGAAACGUGCUGGAUCGUCUGGUACGCGGGCAGGAGUUGGAGGUUACACCUACUUAUUGGAACCACUUUGGUGGGCAGGCAUGGUCACAAUGCUUGUUGGAGAGGUUGCAAAUUUUGUUGCUUAUAUUUAUGCACCAGCUGUUCUGGUCACCCCACUCGGUGCUUUAAGUAUUAUUAUAAGUGCUGUAUUGGCGCACUUCAUGUUGAAGGAACGACUCCAAAAAAUGGGUGUUCUAGGAUGUGUCACAUGCAUUGUCGGAUCAGUAGUGAUUGUAAUUCAUGCUCCUCAAGAGCAUACUCCAAAUUCUGUACAAGAAAUCUGGACUCUAGCAACACAGCCAGCUUUUUUGAUUUACGUAGCCGCAACACUUUCAGCAGUGUUAGCUUUAGUGUUGCACUUUGAACCUCACUAUGGGCAGACAAACAUAUUGGUCUACUUGGGAAUAUGUUCUUUAAUAGGUGCACUUACGGUUGUAAGUAUAAAAGCCAUUGGAAUUGCAAUAAAACUUACUUUGGAUGGAAUAAAUCAAAUCACUUAUCCUCAAACCUGGUUUUUCCUCACAGUUGCAGUGAUUUGUGUCAUCACACAGUUAAACUAUUUGAAUAAGGCAUUGGAUACAUUCAAUGCAGCAAUUGUUUCUCCAGUAUAUUAUGUGAUGUUCACAACUCUUACAAUUAUUGCAAGCGCAAUAAUGUUCAAGGAUUGGUCAGGUCAAGAUGCAAGCAGCAUAGCCUCCGAGAUAUGUGGUUUCGUUACUGUGCUUUCUGGAACAGUCAUUCUUCAUGCAACAAGAGAACAGGAACCUGCUACUGCUCCAGGAACUGUAACAUGGUACGUUAGUGGUGACUCAGUAAAGAGUGCUGAAGAUGAACACUUGAUCACCAUACACAGUUCAGAUUACUAUGUGCAAUGAAAUUAUUCUUUAAAUGAAUUUGGAAGAGCUUGAUUCCCCCACCUCUAGCAUCAAGAAUCGCUAAUUUGGAUGGUCCAGAAUUUCCUCUUUCCAUUACAACCUUUUGGCAUCAAUACUGGUUUGGAAAGGUAAUUUUUGCAUAUACCUCUUCUGGACAGGCUGUGAUGCAAAUCCUGGAAUCCACAUUCAAUUUCUUGGUCAUCCCCAGCUUGAAUAUCAGUGUUCAUCGAUACUAAGCUCGGCAUAUGGGAUGAGAAUUACAGUGCAGAAUCAACAGCAAUGUUAGAGAAAUAAUCGGCAGGUUCAAAGGUAUUUGUACAUAUCAGUGUUUAUGAAUAUCAAAGUUGAGUUGAUUAUUUUCUCAAUUCUUUUUCUCAUGCUUAGUAAAUUCUUUGUGCUUGAUUUUCUGAAAUUUUGGGAUAUGUUUUGCUUGUUAUCUUGAACAAUUUGAGUUUCCUUGCGAAUAUUAUUUGGUUAAACUUUCA